AUCUGUCUUUGCCUAGCAUACUGGCCUUGUAUGGCUAUUUUCUGUCCACACAGACAAUUUUCUCGCCCUUUAAAUCCUGCAUGAGAGGUAAAACCCUGCGGUGGCUUGUCGGAACUCGUCAGGUUUCACUUUAUAGUGGAUUAAGAUAUUUUAGUGGCCUAUUGUCCUGUUUUAGUGAGAGGGCUAACUCAAGGUUGUAGUAUGGCCUGAAAAUUUGACCUAGCGGUACAAGACAUCCGCCGGCUGCUUGCUAUUACCGCCAGAGGUAAAGACAUAGCUAAAGCUACAAGCGGCUUUUUAUACCGGAAGAAAAUCCUGAGGUCGUCAUGGGGAGCAAAGUCAGCUCCAAAAUGGCAGCUCCCACCGCCCGAGUUAUUCAGGCUGUACGGCCUCAUGCACCUCUGAUAAAGUUCCCCAACAGACAAGGCGUCCCAAAGCCUAAUGCCCAAGAGGCACUGAAAACAUUAGCAGUCCUUCCACAACACAAUGCUCCUGUCUCCUCUCCAGCUGCAGCACCACCUCUGAUAUCAAGACCUCAUGUACCUUUGACUCCAAUCCCUGGCACACCAGACACCUUGGCCUCUAUUCAGCUACUUCCUGCCAGGUACCGCAGGAGACCGUUGUCGGCAGAUGAAAUGGACUACAUCCAGCGUGGUGGACCAGAGUGACAUGAAGCAACUCGAUCACUGCAACCAAAGUCCUUAUCUGUUGGAGAUCAGUAUGUGUCUUUGUCUGUUCCUCAGCACAAGAGAACCCAAUGCCAUGAGACAUGUAGAAUAAAGUUUAACAUGAAUCCUGUUUAAAAUGUACAUAUGUUUAUUUUUAGAUGUUAAUUGUAUUUUAAGUUAAUACUACGAGACAUUUUCAUUAUUAUACGCACAGCAAAGCAACAACAGUAGCUUCUCAGUUUGCUUUUAUUUACUGUACUGGCAUUUCUGACAAGUUUUUCCUGUUUUUGAUAAAUCUUGCUAUUUUACCAGCUUAGCUCACCAUUUUUCAGAUUUUUAGUUAGUUUGGAGCUCGACCUGCAAUAUAGGGCUGAACGAUUUGGGGAUAGUAUUUAAUUGCAAUUGUCUUACAGAUAUUGCAAUUUAUUUGCACCACUUCAUAGAGUCAAGCUUCAUUUCCAUAUUCACUGUGUAAUAGAUUGAAAUCGGCAUGGAGCGUUACCACGAGACACCAUAAAAAGCACGACUGUCACACAAGGAGGACAGCUUUAAUUUGUAAAAUCAUUGACAGGACAGUUUAAACCACGGGUUGGACGUGCUGCAUAACAUAUCCUAAACUGCAGCCUUUGCAAUCCACUAAUUGCGUUUUUUGGAAGUGUAAUUUGGAUUUGAAGGGAAUUGUUCAGCCCUACUGCACUAUCACCAUACCCAAAUCCAAACAGGAAGUUCUGGUAAAUACAUGAAAACCUUUUGCUUUUCAUUUCUUUCACUGCAGUUAAAACAUACUGUAGAGAUGACGGCUAUCAAGUUGCAACAAUACCGCAUGGAAUGGUGCUCAUUUGAACCACUGGAUUUAAAUGAUUAAAAGAUUAUUGUGUUGA